AACUUAUGGAGGGGAGUGUAAAUAAUUGAAACAUGACAAAAAUAUAUGUAAGCUUAAAAAUGGCGCAAAAUUCAAAUGUUCAAAACUAAGCUGAAUAACUUUUUUCAAAAUGUCUUAUAGUUUUCAAGUCUUGAUAAGUAAUAUUUAAAUGCUUAGACUUUAUUUUCAAACUUAACACAGGGCCUUUUGAUAUAUGGAUGUGACAUCAAGAACCAUUCAACUCUAGAUGAGCACCUGUGGUAUGAACUGGAUCAGUGAACUUAGACAAACAUGGCGGGUGUGAUUGAGGGACAAAUUAAAGACACACUUACAUGUAAAGUCUGCUACCAAGUGUUCAAUAAUCCUAAAACGCUACCAUGUAUGCACAUGUAUUGUUGCGGCUGCCUUGAUAAACUGGCUAUCAAGGAAUCAGAUGGAAAUAAAGUGAAAUGUCCAGAAUGCAGGCAAGUACACGUUGUGCCUGAAAAAGGAGUUGAGGAUUUCAAGGUCAGUUUUACGACUAAGACAUUAGUGGAGAUUUUCACUGCAGUUGACACAGAAAACACGCCACGGUGUGAAAGAUGUAGAGUACAAAAGGACACAAACGCUGUUUUCAAAUGUUUAGAAUGCAACAAGGCAUUUUGCAAAUCCUGCAUGAACAAUCAUGAUGAAUUCAUUACGGGCCAUACAAUCGUUGAUCUUACAGGCAAUGAGUCUCACGACAUGCGGAGGGCCCUCGAGACGGUGAAGGAUCGUACGAUUAACUGUUCGAAGCACAACAUCCCUUUGCAGAUUUAUUGCAAGAUCGAUAGGUGCGCCUUGUGCGCUACUUGUUACGUAAUCGAUCAUUCAGGGCACGAUUGUAUGGACAUAAACCAAGCUGCCCAGGCCAAUGUUAAACAAAUUGGGGAAGUACUAAUACACGGUCAUAAUUUGCUGAAACAUUAUGAAGCUGCUAUACACGAUACCCAUGAAACAAAAGACGCCAUGGAGACAAAGAUGGAUAAUGCUGUAGAUGAACUGACUAACGAUAUGAAUGCGACAAUCCAACACAUCCGUGAUACAUACACACAUGAUAUCAACACUAUACAAACGAACAAAGACACGUGUACAAAGCAAACGAUCGCACACUUGGGGUUUCUGGAACUACAGAAGAGUCUAAUUGAGAGCACGAUGAACCAACUGUCCACUGUGAAAGAGUAUGGUCACAGUGCGGAACUUGCUAACAUGACUCCGGAGAUUGACUCAAAGCUCGAGAUAUGGAAGAGUGUUCCAGAUCUUAGAUUUGAUUAUACAGAUUUAGACAACGUCCUGCGAAGACAAGCUCAAAAAGCACUCAAGCUCGAAUGGCAAACAUUAGAUUUAAAGGAACCAAAGGUGGAAAAAGAAGUUGAGGAAGACACAGAUGCAGAUUAUGUUAAUCCAUAUGAGACUCCCCAAAAACCACCUGACCAUAUCUCGGGCU